UGAGUUAUUGUUUACCUAGCAACAUACAGCAGGAUAGCAUAGCAACGGUGUUUGGCAAAUGUCAAUGCUCAACGCAAUAUCUUUCAUGGAAUCAGUUGAGUUUUACGGUGUGAUGAAAAUGUAAAGCUAAUAGCAUUGCAGUUAGCUGCAAUCUCUCGCUAUCUUACGGUUUUCAAGCUGCAGAGUGCUAAAUUAGCUAGCUAAAGGUGACAUCUCUUCUCCCAAAGAUGUCUUUCCAGGAGACGCCUGUUCCUUCUGAUGAAGAGGAGGCUUUCUACGUGCAUUGCAGAGCCGCAUAUCUAGCUGUAUUUAGAUCAAGUUUGACAAGUAUCUCUUCAAAACAGCAGUUAUGUCGUGCUCUUCAGCAGGCUGGUAGAAACCCAACACACGCAACUCUCAAUAAAUACUGGACCCCGAGAACCUCCAAACUGAACUUUGAUGAAUUCUUUGAGAUUCUUAAAAGUGAGAAGAAAACUGAAGAAACUGAGCUAAUGAGAGCCUUUAAAAAGAUGGAUGUUAACAGUGAUGGCUACAUCUCACACAGUGAACUGGAGAAAGCCCUUACCACGAGAGGUGAGAAAAUGACCACUGAAGAGGUGAAUGCUAUUUUCUCAAUGGCUGACAUAAACAAAGACGGCAAACUGGACUAUGCAGAAUUCUGCAGAUUGCUUGUGUCUACUGUAGAGCAGUGUCAGACGGCUGCUUUGGAGAGGCUCGAGGCUAAUGCCAAGCUGAAGAGACAAAACUUUGGCAGUCAGUCAUACAGCCCUCCAAAGAGCUCAGUGUCAUCAGCAGCAGCAACUCUCCCUCAGCCUCCAGAAACACCCCGGGCAGAAUCAGACACCACACUUAAGAAAGACAGCCGAUCAUCCUCACGUCCUUCUUCCGCUCGCAGCAGACGGUCGUCCUUGUCAAACUCCAUCACUAUGACAUCCAGCACCAAUAAGGCCAGCAAAAUACCAGAGCCUUCAGGCUUGCAGGACUGGCAUCACAGUUACAUGAAGGGCUGUUUCUUCCUUGAGGAUGAUGGGAGUAUCAGCUCUCUGCAGUACCAGCUCCACCUUCCCCAGACAACCACCGUCUACCUAAUCACCCAACCACUCAGCCUCAGCCAUGGACUCGAGCUGGUCCAAAUUCCUGGAGUGGAUUCCACCGCCCUCUGCUCAGAGCUAGCCCAAAUUCCUGGAGUGGAUCCCACUGCCCUCUGCUCAGAGUUGGCCCAAAUACCUGGAGUGGAUUCCACUGCCCUCUGCUCAGAGCUGGCCCAAAUACUUGGAGUGGAUUCCACCGCCCUCAACCACCAAAAACUGAUAAUAACACACCUCCUUCCACCUCCUCUCCGCUCCUCCCCCCCAUCUCACAUUCCUCCCUGCACUGUCAACCUGGACAACCUCUUACCUCUUCAGCCUCGGUUGGCUCGGCAAACCCCCUCCAGAAAAGACACAAUUCAAAAUGAGGGAUGUCGCCACAUGAACUCCCCAAAAACUGAGAAGUAUGUUUGGAAAGGAGAAUUGGAUGCUGGGACAUACUACCUGCUUCCCUUCACUAGUGGCUGCAGACUAAAGAAAAGAAGUAAGAAAAGCCUUUCUAUUAAACCUAUAGAGCUCGUCUACAGGACUGACACUGGAGAACUAGACCUCACCAGGGAGCUCAGGGAGGUGCUGUCGGACAUCUUUGAGGUGAUAGACCUGGAUGGAAAUGGUUUGCUUAGUUUGGAGGAGUACAAUUUCUUUGAGUUGAGGACCAGUGGAGAGAAAUGUGACAAGGAUUCCUGGGCUGUCUGUAAAGAGAACUUUGAUAUGAGGAAGAACCAGCUGACGCGGCAGGGUUUUAUGGAGCUGAACCUGAUGGAGGCCACAGAGAAAGAUGGAGACCCCGCAGACCUGUGGGUCACCCUGGAGGCCAUGGGCUACAACCGAAUGCUGGAGCUAGUAGAGGCAUGCCCAUUCCAGUUGGAUGUUCACUGUGAAGGCACUCAGCCGGCGAUCCAGCCCCUCAGUUUGGACUCAGGGCCCAGGCUUCUAAUCCAGGCCCUCCAGAAGUCCAUCACAGCAAAGACAGGGGCCAAAGCACUGAGGGGACAAGACAAUGUCUUCAUCUACACUUACAGAGGAGAACACAGGAUCUCCUCCCUUAUAGCCAACAAGGCCAACCAAAAAGUGACUGUCCAUGUAAACAAUGAGCAGAGCAGGAACUGCUGCAGCAGCCGAGGCAUGAGUGUGUUUGCUGUCGAGGUGCCAGCCAGGACUAAGCUGGUGUGCCAACAUAUCCUGCCCAUUAAUGAGAGACAGGAAUGGACCUACAACUGUGUAGAGAGCAUGCUCCCCGGCACGUAAAGCUGUAUCAUCAACAAUCAUCUACUCUACUCUAAUAGCUUUGUGUUUUGUAAAGCCUUAAUUGUUAGACACCACAAGCUAAGAACUUCUGGCUUGUGGCAAAAUAGUUGUUUUAGAAGCUCAGUGACUUGAUAAAUUCAUGGUCCUAAUGGCAGCAAGAGGUAGUCUCUGUAUUUCAUAAAGUAUGGUAAUAGUUUUGCAGCUAUUGUUGUGCCUUUGAAUGUGAACAUGUUUGUGUUAAUGAAGAAAGAAAUGUAAUUUGCAUUAUAACACAACUCUUUUAUUCAUAAUGUAUCCUUUAAAUAACGGUGAUUGUCACAGUGAAUUCAACCACAAUUAAAAUGGAGAUGAUUUUAACAGUUUUUGAAUGUUAAAGUCAUGUAAUCGUAGAGACAAAAACAAACUUUCUACGAUUUUAUUUUCUUGUGCUUUAAAAGAUUGACUUUGUACAUUUAUUAUUUUCCUCAUGUAGAUAUAAUUACUGUCAUUAAAAUAUUCCUAUCAUGGAUUUUCCUUUACUGAUA